AAAACCGGACUAACCUUGUCACGGACAACAUAUCCACUACCAGAAUGGGAAAUUCCAAUAAGCCAAACAGUACUGAGAAAGCCAGCGUGAAAUCGAGUAAACUUCCCCCAAAUUUUAGAAUCCCCCUAAAAUCCUGUACAAAGCCCGCGACCCACUUCAACUUCAGGAAAGGCGCGGCAAUCAAGAAAUUUCAAGAACAUCUUCUCCCUUCAGCUGCCUGAAAAUCUUUUCGCGAACCCGUGUUUUCUUCAUUUGAUCAAAGGGGGGAAAACUAAGGAACCCUUGUUUGCUUCUAUCCUUAGCUUACUGGAAGAUUUUCCGAGUAAUAACCUUAAACCUGCGAGACGAUGUCGGAUGAAACCUCAACACCCCAGAAAAGAGGGCCCAUAAAAUCACCAGUUGGAAGUGUCGCAGUGCAGAGGAGACGAGAACAUGCAGUUAUGGUAGGAAAAGAAAGAAGAGAAGCAUUAAUGAGGACAAAGCGUUUAUGCAGAGUGGGAGUUAGCAGUGAAAAUGCUGACGUUCCAGUAGAAGACGACAUGAUGAUGGAUGAAGAACAAUCAGUUCUAGAGGAUCAAACUCUAAAAGCAGUGGAAGAAUUGAAGCAUGCCAUUGGCUAUCAGGGUAAAGGAGCAAUGCAAAAAAGAGUUGGUGCUCUUCGUGAGCUAAGACGACUGUUGUCAAAAUCAGAAUAUCCUCCAGUUGAAGCAGCCCUCAAGGCUGGAGUAAUGCCCACUCUUGUUCAAUUUCUUUCAUUUGGUUCACCUGAUGAGCAGUUACUCGAGGCCGCUUGGUGUCUGACAAAUAUAGCAGCUGGGAAACCAGAAGAAACAAAAGCAUUGUUGCCGGCAUUACCGUUAAUUAUUGCUCACAUGGGAGAAAAGAGUUCACUGCCUGUUGCAGAGCAAUGUGCCUGGGCGCUGGGAAAUGUGGCUGGUGAAGGAGAGGAAAUGAGAAACGUUCUGCUAUCACAAGGAGCUCUGCAACCUCUUGCAAGGAUGAUGCUGCCAAACAAGGGCUCAACCGUGAGAACAGCUGCUUGGGCAUUGUCAAACUUAAUUAAGGGACCAGACCCCAAAGCUGCCACAGAUUUAAUAAGGAUUGAUGGCGUUCUUGAUGCAAUUCUUCGACACUUGAAGAGAGGGGAUGAAGAGUUGGCUACUGAAGUGGCAUGGGUGGUUGUGUAUCUAACAGCCCUUUCAAAUUUUGCUACCAGCAUGCUGGCCAAAAGUGAUCUUCUGCAAAUAAUUGUAGAUAGACUGGCAUCAUCAAAUAGCUUGCAACUGCUUAUCCCGUUGCUACGGGGUUUAGGCAACCUUGUCGCUGGUGAUUCUUAUAUAACUAAUAAUGUCCUUGUUGCAGGACGUGAGAUCACAGUAAAUGUAAUUCAAGCACUGAUAAAAUGUUUGAAAAGUGAGCACCGUGUCUUGAAAAAGGAAUCUGCUUGGGUGCUAUCUAAUAUAGCUGCUGGUUCUGUUGAGCAUAAAAAAAUAAUACAUUCAAGUGAAGCUGUGUCAUUAUUGAUGCGCCUGCUGUCAACUGGCCCAUUUGACAUAAGAAAGGAAGUUGCAUAUGUUCUCGGGAACCUCUGUGUUGCCCCGGCCGAAGGAUCUGGAAGACCAAAUUUGAUUGUUGAGCACUUGGUUUCUCUUGUUGGCGGAGGAUGCCUUGUUGGUUUUAUUGACUUGGUAAGAUCUGCAGAUACCGAGGCUGCAAGAUUGGGGCUUCAAUUCCUAGAGCUGGUUCUGAGGGGAAUGCCAAAUGGCGAGGGACAAAAGCUUGUCGAGGCAGAAGAUGGGAUUGAUGCCAUGGAAAGAUUCCAGUUCCAUGAAAAUGAAGAUCUAAGAAACAUGGCCAAUGAGUUAGUCGACAAGUACUUUGGAGAGGACUAUGGACUCGAUUCAUAGAAACAGCUCAGACAUUGCGUACUUUUGUGUGAUAACUCAAAGACGCGAUUACCUUGAAUUAUGCCUAAGAUAUUGGGAUGAUAUAUGGAUGUCCAAGCUGAUUUUACAGUUGAAGUGUUUGUUGAGGGACGUUGUAAAGCACUAAUCUCCGGUGUAUAUUGUUUGGGCCAUCUUUAGGAUGAUGUUCUCUCUGAAUGCUUUCUGUGUCUGAAUUUUGUAUCUUUUGCCCCCAUAUUUGGUGUGUUAUUUCAGCAGCAACAGAUUUUAAUUUCAGUUAAUGGUUAAUUCUUUUUCUUA